UCGCCAUCUUGUUUCGAUUGAUGAUACCGAAACAACUUUGAACCCGGUAAGGCUCAUUUCCUGAAGCACCUUACAACUGAUGUAUGUAGUGGGUGUUCUUGCAACUCCAGGCUCCAUUAUUCCGAUGUGCAGUGUAAUUUUCUAUGGAUGUUACCGGUGAGAAAUGUGGAUUAUGACCCCUUUACAUGUAAGUGAGUCGAGCGUCUAAGUGUUGACUAGAUAUUCGCGUGCUACACUGAUAAACCGCCCGAGCAUCGCAUUGUUUUAACCCAAUCGACAGUAACUGCAAAACCAGUAACCAUGUUCAGCUUUAGAAAGAAGGACAAGGAAAAGGACAAAGAGAAGAAGGAGAAGAAAGAGAAGGAGAAAAAGGAGAAGGAAAAAAAGAAGGAAGAAAAGAAAAAGGACAGACCCCAAAUUACCCCGGAAGAGAUGUCUAGAUUAGAGGAAGUGAAGAAAGGCGUAUUCCGGAGGUUCAGCGACAGAAAAUCAAGUAGAAAGGAGGAUAAGACCUCUCCAGAUGGCAUGACACCCAGUGACAGUAGUGAGAGUAAUAUUAGUGCAAGUGGUUCGUCUGGACGACCUAGCCCCACAAAGGAGCUACCGCCUGAGAGAAAGGUGGAGGCCUCAAGACCCCAAGUGGCGUCCAAACCCCCUGUUCUCAUGCCCAAACCUAGAAUGAAAGGAAUUUUAAAAGAAUCUGCUAAAUUUUAUGAAGCAGGGACGGAAGGAAAUUUAGAUGAUGCUAAGAUGUUGCAGGAAAACACUAGACGAAAUGAAGAAAUGUCUGGUUUAGUGGAUGAGAUUGAUGCAAAAUUAAAACAGAAACUUCAAGGGUCGCCAGGCAAACCUAAACCCAAGCCUCGUCGAAGUGUUGAGAGUGAACAGUUUGUUGUUGAGGAACUGCCUCCGGAAUUACCAAUGCCGGGAGAGAAGGAGUUCCAAGAUUUGAAAUUACCUGCAAUUAUUCCACCAAAACCAGCACGCACACGCAACAUCACGGUAAAAAGAACAACUGCAGGAGAUUUUGGUUUCAGUCUACGUAGGGGGACCAUUCCUGACAAAGGGGAUGGUGAUGCUGCUCGAACUGUGAUAUUUGCUGAGCCAGGAAGCGGACCUCGGAGUAUGCAAACAGGUUUGAUUCCAGGAGACCGGCUUGUGGAAGUUAAUGAUUUAAAUGUGGAGGGAUGCUCAAGAGAAGAAAUUGUUGAAAUCAUCAAAAAAGCUGAUGAUUCUUUAAUUUUGAAAGUACAACCGAUUCCAGAACUGAUAGAGCUUAGUGUUCGUCCUGGAAAAGAUGGUGGAACUAUUGACGUACAAGAUCAGGUGGUGAAAGGUGGGACUCUGAAGAGAAGCGGCAGUAUUCGUUAUAAGAAGGGGGCUAAGUCUGAGGAUGAAGUCAACACUGAAAAGGCCUGGAUGGAUACAGAGAAGGUGUGGCUGGUCCACAAGGGCGGAUUCGCAGCCUCGCACCUCCUCAAGGCAGAUCCAGGGUCACUUCCUGAAGGCAAGGUCAAGGUCAAGGUUGAAAGUUCGGGAGAUGUGUUGGAAGUGGAUGAGGAUGAUGUUGAAAAGGCAAACCCCCCUCAGUUUGACCGAGCCGAAGACCUGGCAUCACUUCGUUACCUGAACGAGUCAAGUGCCCUGCACACCUUGAGACAGAGAUAUGCUGGGAACCUCAUCCACACCUACGGCGGCCCCUCCCUCAUCCUCCUCAACCCCAUGCAGCAGCUGCCUCUGUAUUCAGACAAGGUAGUUCAGAUGUUCAAGGGUUGUAAACAAGAGGACAUGCCACCCCACGUGUUCUCCAUGGCCCAGAUCGCCUACCGGGAGAUGUUGAGUUCUCGGAGGGACCAGUCCAUCAUCACCAUGGGCCGCAGUGGCAGCGGGAAGACUAUCAAUGCCAAACAUAUCCUUCAUUACCUCACCCUGACAGCAGGCAGCAUCUACAACAUCCUCAAUGUGGACAAGUUGACUGCCAUCAUGUCACUGAUGGAGUCUUUCGGGAACAGUCGCACACUGCUCAACACUAACGCCAGCCGCUACACACAGAUCACUACGCUCGACUUCGACCACUCCGGACAGAUCAACUCUGCAUCCAUACAGGUGCUGAUGUUUGAGAAGAACCGAAUUGUGCGUCGACCGGAGGGGGAGCCAACAUUCCACGUGUUCUACUACAUGUUGGCAGGGGUAGAGGCACAGCUGAGGAAUGAACUUCAGCUUCAGGUGCUGAAUGAACACAACCUAUUCAUGACUCCACUUCAGAAGCCUGACGACCGACAGAAGGCCAGCCUUCAGUGGGGGAAGGUCAUCAACGCCCUCAAGGCCAUCGGGGUCAGCGACGAGGAAUCCAAGGCCAUCUUCUCCGUGCUGGCAGCCAUUUUCCAUCUGGGAGUGGCAGGAGCAACAAAAGGAAGCAACAACAAGAGUCAGUUCAACAAGCCAGCAGCUGCUCAGAAGGCAGCGUCUCUGCUGGGCACCACGGUGGAGGAACUGGCCAGAUCCAUCUUCACCAUGUCUGGUACCUCCACACUCACACGCAGCACCUCCAUGAGGGUUGGACCAGGGUCUGAGAAGUUAGGCAGUCUGAGUUCCGACUCUGGAGCUUCUCCUUUGGAACAUCUGGAGGCCUUCGUUGUUGGACUAUACUCAGAUGUCUUCAAUGCUGUUGUGUCUCUCAUCAACAGAUCUCUGUCUUCCAACGUACGGACACAGUUCUCCAUCACGGUGCUGGAUGCACCAGGAUUCCAGAACCCCUCAACCUGUGGGAGGCAGAGUGGGGCGUCGUUCGAGGACCUCUGCAACAACUACACCCAAGAGAGACUGCAGCUGUUCUUCCACAACUUGUCCUUCACCCAGCAACAGGACAGAUACGCUCAGGAAAACAUUGACUGUGACUUUGAGUUUGUCACCAACAGCCCAGCAGCUCUCGUGUCCCUCAUAGACAAGGCUCCACAACAGGGAACGGUACGCACUUCCACUCAAGACCUUCGGGAUGCUGAGAAGAAAGGGUUGCUAUGGAUACUGGAUGAGGAGGCCAUCUUCCCUGGCGCCACGGAAGAUAGCUUUAUGGAACGUUUCUUCUCACAACAUGGAGAGCAGCCAGUCAGACGUGACAGUCUGUUGAGGAAGGGUUCCCUUGGGCCGACAUUCAUCCUAAACCACUUUCAGGGCACCAACCCUGUACAGUACAACGCCAAUGGCUGGCUCAAGGCUUGCAGAGACAGCCCCAUCUCCAGGAACGCCACCGUCGUUCUACAGGACUCAAAGAAACACAACAUGAGUACGCUGUUCACCAGCGUGAAGGCCCCCGUGGCCGGUGUUGUCAGCGGGUCCAUCGUCGGGAUGGAGGGAACUGCGUCGCUGAGACGGGUUGGCAGCAUGAGGAGGACCUUCAUGUCUGGCGCUGCUGGACUCAAGAAGAAGUCCAUCUGUCUGCAGAUGAAGUUCCAAGUGGAUUCAGUGAUGGAGACAGUCAGGAAGACGAAGUGUCACUUCCUGCACUGUAUCGUACCACAACAUUCCGCUGGCUUGUGUGAGCUCAAGUCGUCACUGUCAAACGCCACCAAACCGAACUCCCUGGAUGAGAUCCUACUGAAUGUCCCACUCGUUCGAGCUCAGAUCCGGGGCUUUGAGAUCAUCGAUGCUGUCAGACUUUUCAGACAAGGAUUCCCAGAUUAUAUGCAGUUUUCUGAGUUCAGACAGAAGUUUGAAGUGCUGGUUGCUCCCAAUGCUCGCCCGGACAAGGACAUGGAUGAGAAGAAGGCCGUGCUACAGGUGAUGGACAACCUGGAUAUUGACAAGCUGAGCUACAGGAUCGGCCUGAGUCAGGUAUUUUUUCGUCCGGGGGCGCUAGCACAGUUGGAGGUAACGAGAGAUGAGAAGAUUACUGGCACUGUGACAGCCUUCCAGUCCUUCUGCAGAGGGUUCCUCGGUCGCAGGAAGCUUGAGAAACUCAGGGUCCAGCAUCUGGCUGUCAACUGCAUCCAGAAGAAUGUGAGGAAGUACAUGUUCAUCCGAGACUGGGAGUGGUGGCGACUCUACACCAAGGUCCAGCCCCUCCUCAACGUCCACCGCACAGAAGAGGAACUCAGGAACGCUGAGGCGGAACUAGAACAGAUGAAGACUAAGCUGGAGAAAGUUGAGAAGGACCGGGCGGACUACAAGCUGCAGUGUGACAAACUGGAAAACAGGUUGUCAGAGAUGACGGCCGACCUCGUGGAGGAGAACACGACCUCAAACAAUGCCACCGAGCUGCUGGAGGCGGAGACAGCUGACAGGAUGAGGCUGGAGAAGGACCUCAAGGACCUGCAGUCCAAGUACAAUACUAUCAAGAGGCAGAAUGAGAGACUUGAGCAGGAAGUCAUGCAGUCCCGAAUCUGGCAGGCUCAGACAUUGGAGGGGGAGCUGGAUGACGAUGCAGAUGAUUCCAUCUACAAGGAGCGCUACGAGCGGCUGUCCAAGGAGCUGGUGAUGACCAAGAAGAGGCUGCACCAGCAGCACGAGGAGGAGAUGGAGCAGGAGCUGCAGUCACGGCGACUCCUCGAGAAGAGGUUGCACGAUGCUGUAGAGGAGGCAGAGGAACAGCGCCGCCUGGUGCAGCUGACCAAGAAGAAGGUGCAGCGCAUCACACAGGAGAUGCAGGACACCAAGCUGCACCUUGAGGAACAGAUGACGCGCAACAACGAGCUGGAGCGGAAACAACGCAGGUUUGAUACAGAGUUGAACAUGGCGCAGGAGGAUGUGCGAGAUGAACAUGUGUUACGAGAGAAGCUUCAGAAGGAGAGAGACAGUCUGAUGUCUGAGAAGUACACUCUGGAACAAGAUGUGCAGCGCUACAAGAUGGACUACGAAUCUCAGGUGGAGAAGAACGAGAGGCUUGAGAAAGAACUCAGCGAUCUCCUGUCUUCGGGGAAGGAUAACAAUGAGGUUGUGGUGCUGAAGCGGGCGAAGCACACUCUGGAGUCCAAACUGCGGGAACAGGAGGAAGAGUUGGACGAUCAGGCCGGGCAGAUUCAGCAGCUGGAACAGGGUAAACUGAGGCUGGAGAUGAACCUGGAGCGUCAACGUCAGCAACACCUGAAGGAAUUGGAGGAGAAAGAUGAGGAGAUGGAGGAGAUGAGAUUCAAGACCCAGAAGAAGUUGCGGCAGAUGGAGUCCCAGGUGGAAGAAGAAUACGAGGAGAAGAGGAGAAUUAUGGAGGAGAAGAACAACCUGGAGAGACAGAUGCAGGACAUGGGAGCACGUGCCCCGGCCAGGGAUAAGGAUACCGAGAAGCGUCUGAGGAGGACGCUGAAGAAGACCAAGGCGUUGUUGAAGGAUGCUGGCAACACACUCCAGAAACAGAAGACUGUAGAAGGAGCCAAGUCACAGAUUAACCAGCUCAAGAACCAGCUGGAUGAUGCCCAGUUUUCAUCUCAGGCCGCAGUGAAGGCCAAGAAACGGAUGGAGCUUGAAAUACAGGACCUUCAGCAGCAGAUAGAGGACUUUUCCCGCUCCAAGCAGGAGGCUGAGGACCGUAAUAUGACGCUUCUGAGAGAGAAGUCGGACCUCCAGAACAAGGUGGAGGAGAAUGAGGAGGACAUGGCUGAGGUCAUGAAGAAAUACAAGGCUGUGGUGCAACAGCAAUCGGUUGAUCAUAUAACACUUUCAGCACAGCUUCAGCAAAUAGAAGAUUUAUCUACAGAGAAAAGUAGUCUUCAGCAAGAGGUUGAGAACCUGUCAUCCAAGGUCAUGUCGUAUGAGGACACUAGCGUCGACAAACACUCCGUCACACGGCUAGAGAACAAGAUCCGAGAGCUGGAAGCAAAACUAGACCUAGAACAGACGACUAGACAGAGAAUAGAGGUCCAGGUGUCCAGGUUAAAGGAACAGCUGGAGAAAGAGAAGACUGAGAAAGGAGACGCUGUUAUGGCCAAAAUGCAGAUUGAGGAGUCCAUGAAACGUCUCCAGAAACAGUUGCGAGAUCUCCGAGAAGAGUUGACAGACUCCCAGAAGAAGGAAUUUGAUGCCUGCAAUAAGAAGCAGGAACUGGACAGCAGAGUAGAGGAGCUGGAGGUAGAUGCUAUACAGAACCAGUCUGACCUGAAGCUGGCCUUCAAGAGGAUCAAUGACCUGCAGGCGGCCCUGGAGGAGGACCUGGACAGUGAUGACAGUCUCAUGUCAGACAGUGAUGACAUCGAUGACCUGUCGGACGAAGACAUAGACAGCUUCUUAGCCAGUCAUAAUCAAGCUCCGCUAUGGGCGCGGGGGAGUCGGUCAACAUCAGUGACCAGUGGCUCUCACGAAGACACACCUCACAGUCCUAGGUUCAACGAUAUAGAUUGUAGUGAAGCAUAGCACUAGAUGUGAGGCGUGUGAGCCUGGUACAGCUCUUCAGGUUACCAUUGGGCCAAGUGCAACAGAUUGUGUGUGUGUCGUCAUAUCUCGCUGAUCUAUCCACAUCGGCCGUCCGCUAUACGUGUCAGCAUUGUGUUGUACAUUUCGAUGUCAUAUCUCAUCGCUGAUUUAGUUACUUCAUCAACACCCUGUUACUGUUUUCGUUUUCACUUGGACGGGAAGUCGACUUGCAGGGAAACCUUCUUUCUCUGUGACAACCUUGGACGUAUUUCUGAGGAAUUUAUCUCCUGUGACAACAUGUUGGCAAUUGCUGUAAUCGAAGGAUUUGAUUGUGGUAAAUGAAAGGAUGAGAGAUGCAGUUGAUUUAAUCCUGGAUGGAAUUCAUCGGUGUUGAACAAAGAUUUCGACAGAUUCCUGGUUUUGGAGGAUUAAGCUGCAUGCAAAAAUUCCUGAUUUUUCCAGAUUCUGAUGGUUCCCCAUUUUGAACGAAUCAACUAAAGUCCUCAUGAGUUCCUGAUUUUGAAGGAUUUAACUACAGUUGAACUGGAAGGGUCAGAGGUCAAAGGUUUCAGUGGUUGAGCAGACGGAAUCUUGUUACCGAAAUCGUCAGUUGGGAAGAUGCAGAGAAGUCAUAAUGAUGUACCGUAUGUUCGGAAACAGUGUUGUGUGGAACUGAAUGAUUUAAUUGUAGUGAAUACGGAAGGAUUUUACUGCAUUGUGGUUGAAGGAUUUCACUGCAGUUCAACUGAAGGAUUUCACAGUAAAAGAAGUGAAGUGCUGUGGAUACCGAGGUUUUCUCUGCAGUACAAUUGAAGGAUUUCACUACAUUACAAGUGAAGGAUUUCACACUAGAAGUGAUUCAAUAUACUGAGGUUUCAGCUGCAGUGUGAUUGAAGGAUUUCACUGCAGUACAACUGAAGGAUUUCACAGCACUAGAAGUGAUUCAAUGUGGAUACUGAGGUUUCAGCUGCAGGGUGAAUAUACUGUGAUUGAAGGAUUUCACUACAGUACAAUGGAAGGAUUUUCACUACAUUACAAUGGAAGGAUUUCACUACAGUACAAUGGAAGGAUUUCACUGUACUAGAAGUGGAUACUAAAUGGUUCAACUGCAGUAAAACAAACAGACUCUGUGCUGUAGAUAUUGGUCCAUUCAGUUACAAGGAUAUAUGAUGAACGUUGAGAUGUAGAUAUUACAAAGCUUACAUAGUGGUCUAAAGUUAAAGUGCUAUGAAGUUUUAUUUCAGAGUGCAACCAUAUAGAACGUAUGUGAUGCAGAUAGAAAUGGUUGUGCUCAAGGCCAGAGGAUAGUCUAUAUGCAGAUAGCAAUCCAACAGCUCUAGGAAGUAGGAGGUGACACCAUAUGUGGUUCAAGGGCUGAAGUCCUCCAGUUGGACAGAUCAAUAGAUUGGGUUCACACUGCGCUGAACACAACUUCCAAACAAAGAUGGGGUGCAUGUCCUCAAGAGAUGACUUUUCGAAAAGAGAAACAAGCUCGCUUCUUAACAUGUAUUUCAAAGCAGAGAUACUUGAAUUCAGUAAUGCAAAGGAUUACUUUGACUAAACCAAGUACAGGUUGCCUGAAGGAAGUCGGGGGAAAAUAUUUGCCAGAA